AUGCAAAACGGCACCCAUCACGGCGCGUUAGAAACCAGCAAGAGUAACGCAAUUCCGGAAGUGCAAGGCAAGCGCCCCCCGACUGUGGUUUCUAUCAUCUGUCUGUUUGUAACUAACGUGAAUUCAGCCGCAGACGGCGAUGUCUCGACUGAUCAACUCCCUGGGCCACCACCCAAAAGACGGAAGCUUGCAGACUCGUCCUCGCGAUCGACUCCGCGACCCCCUUCGCCGCCGUGGAAGAAGGCCGGUAUUGAAGGCCCCACGUCGUUCUUCGAUGGUGGCAAACGAAGAUCUACCAGGACGAAUGCUCUCCCACUUAAUACUCAACCUCAACCAGCAAAGCCGCGCACGCGAUCUGUUCAAAGAGAGCCCAUAGUCAAAGCAAAACGUACCCGCACUGGAUCGCACGAGCUCCCUUCCCCGUUAUCGACGCCAUCGAAGUCGGGUACGAACGGUAAACGUGGGGCGGGGAGACAUAACUCGGUGAACGGGUUCGAAGGGAGUCUAGACCGCAGAGAUUCUUCUCGGGCCCUUGGUGUGAAAACUACGCAGGCAAAGCAACCGGCGACUUGGGCGGACUCCCGUAAGAACUCUCGAACAAGACUUCGGGGUACGAACAACUCCCUUUCCGUCAACGGUCAUCAUGAUUGCGAUCCUAGUCAAGAUGACAAUAUGGCUGUUUCACAGAUUCGGCUAUCCGGUGAAGACUCGCAAAGCGUUCAUAAUGGGGAGGGCCAAAACUUCGCUAUGAGCCCAGUCAAGAAGCCACCAAGAAUACGGUUUAAAGUCAAAAUGCCUUCCCUAGCACCGCAGAAUCCUUCUCAUUUGGUACCUCCGAGGAAGUACAAUUCGUUUCGGGAAUGGGUAGAAAACGAGACAAAUGUGGAAGACGAACGCCAAGCUUCCACGCCCGCGUCUGCGUUGCAAGAGUAUCAGCUGUGGGAUAGGCUAUGGAACGAGGCUGAUAAUGGCGGGCUACUUAGCAAAGAUAAAUGCUCGAUCUAUUUGGAAGACCCGGAAGAGGAGCCGCAAGAUCAGUAUUCGCAUCAUGACCAUUUUCUCGCCCAUGCACUGUAUUUCAAAAAGCUCCUUGACAAAGAACGCAGGCACCAUCGCCAUUUGGCAAAGUUAUUUGCCCACUGGUGCGCAGAUGCAUGGAAGAAACGCAACAAACGCCCGGAAGAUAUUCUCAAGGAGCAGCAGGAAGAACUGAACCAAAAACGACGAGCUUUGAUAAAAGAUUUACAACGUCAGUUUGACCAAGCGCGCGCGGAGGUAGAAAGCGCGAAGAUUGCUCGUUGGGAAGAAAAUCAGAAAUUGGAAGAGCAACAGGCAUUGAACAAAGCACUCAAGCAAUCUACAAUGCUCUGGGAGAAACGAAUCGGUGACAAAGGAGAUCACAGUGGACUUAGUGACAUUGACCAAAGUGGCGAUUCAGAAGACCUGGAUGAGUCUGAAGACGAGGACAAUAUGUCGUCUGCCAAUUCCGAGAGUGAAGACGAAGAACAUAAAAUGGAUGAAGACAGUGACGAGGAAGAGACGGAUGAGGAAGAUGGCGACGUAGAUGAUGAUCUUGAAUCAGACCCCGGCCUUCUAGGUUUCUUUUCCGCCAAAGAUCUUGGUUUCAAAUUGGAGACUGACGAAACUGAUGAGAAUCACGCUUUUAUUGAUGGCGACACUGCCCCUGAUGAUGACAACGAAGACUUGACGGAAAACGAGGAAGACGAUGAAACGGACGCGGUUCAUCUCGUCCCUCUCGGACCGUUGGCGAGCAAUAAAUCUCCUGACCUUCCUGCAUCAAUUCCUGCUCAACCCCCUACACCUUCCACCACCAUUCUGCCUGUGGAUGACAAGCCUGACCAUGAAUCCCAAAGUCAACAGAUAUUAUCCGAGGAUGAUGUGAUAGCUACCCCUGGUACGAACCUUCUUGUUCCAGAUAACGAUGGAGCACUCGACGAGCGUCCAGAUGCAGUUUCUGGAGAUACCCAUCGUACCCCUGCCUCUCCAACGUCGCUUCGGUUGGAGGAUGGGGAUCCGAUUCUCAAAGAUUUGGAUCAGCAAACAGCAGUUGAUGAUCAUCCCCAAUCACCGCAAGAACGGCAAGAGGAUCGGCUGCAGAGCCCAGUUGAAGAACCUUCAUCGCCGAAAACACCGACAAUAAAAACGCAAAUACCCCAUUUACUACGUGGAACUCUCCGUGAAUAUCAACAUUUUGGCCUGGAUUGGCUCGCUGGGCUUUACGCAAGCAACAUUAAUGGUAUUCUCGCCGAUGAGAUGGGCUUGGGGAAAACUAUCCAAACCAUUGCCUUGCUAGCACAUCUUGCCGUUGAGCACGAAGUGUGGGGGCCACAUUUAGUUGUUGUCCCAACUAGCGUGAUGUUGAAUUGGGAAAUGGAGUUCAAAAAGUGGUGUCCUGGAUUCAAAAUUCUUACCUACUAUGGUACCCAAGAGGAAAGAAGACAGAAGCGGCGAGGUUGGAUGGACGACGACCGGUGGCAUGUAUGCAUCACUUCCUAUCAACUUGUUUUACAGGAUCAGCAGACGUUCAAACGGCGCAACUGGCAUUACAUGGUGCUUGACGAAGCUCAUAAUAUCAAAAAUUUCCGCUCACAACGUUGGCAGACGCUUCUGACGUUCAAAACAAGAGCAAGGCUUCUCCUAACAGGCACUCCUCUUCAAAAUAAUCUGACGGAGUUGUGGUCGCUUCUUUUCUUUUUAAUGCCCAAUGAUGAUAGUGAAAGUGGCGUGGAAGGUUUUGCUGAUUUGCGGAAUUUCUCUGAAUGGUUUCGUCGCCCUGUUGAACAGAUUCUCGAGCACGGAAGGGAAACUAUGGAUGAGAAAGCAAAAGAAGUGGUCACCAAACUGCAUACCGUGUUACGCCCUUAUAUUCUCCGCCGGUUGAAAAUUGACGUGGAGAAACAAAUGCCCGCGAAAUAUGAGCAUGUGGUUACAUGUCGAUUGUCUAAGCGGCAGAGAUAUCUCUAUGAUGGCUUCAUGUCUAGGGCUCAAACAAAAGAAACCUUGGCUUCGGGGAAUUACUUAUCCAUCAUCAAUUGUCUCAUGCAACUCCGGAAGGUUUGCAACCACCCUGAUCUUUUUGAGACACGCCCUAUCACAACGUCAUUUGCGAUGUCUCGGUCCGCAAUAUCAGACUUUGAAGUGAAAGAGCUAUUACUGCGUCGUCGGCUACUAUACGAAAGCCCCCUGGAGAAACUGGAUCUCGAUUUUCUGAACUUGGUGCCAAUCUCUAGAGAAUACACCUCUAAAAGAUUAGUGGAAGAUGCUACGAGAAUUAUGGCGUAUAAUCCGCUAAGGAUGUUGCGUGAACGCCAGUAUAAUCGUACGAACUGGGAGAUGAAGUUCGAUGGGUCUUCUUUACAGAACGUUCUAUAUUCGAUGGAAAACGCUGCGAGAAAAACGAGAAUGGCAGAGCUUGAACGAUGUUUAUACUUCGAGUCGAAGCGCCAUGGAAGACGUCCGCUUUACGGAGAAAGCCUGAUAAAUUUUCUUACGGUAGACAAGAACUUGAAACCUAGCCUUCAGCGGCGGCCGUUACGACGUAUGCUUAGCGAUUGGCUGUCCCAACAAUGCUCUGUGCUUGAAUCUAUGGUCUGUUCGCUGGAAGAGAGGUCUCGUCAAGUGGAACCGCUUGUGCAAAAGUUCGCGUGCCUCACACCCGCCGUCGUGGCUCCAGCUGUAACCUCGGCUGCACUGACACCGAUCAAAUCUCACUAUUUCUCUCAUUCGCAACUUAUUCCCAAGUACGACCCUUUUCACGAAGCCCAAACGCGUUUGUCAAUUGCAUUCCCUGACAAAAGGUUGUUGCAAUAUGACUGUGGCAAACUUCAGCAGCUGGAUAAGCUUCUCAGGCAACUUCAAGCUGGUGGUCACCGCGCCUUGAUAUUUACCCAAAUGACUAAGAUGCUUGAUAUUCUUGAACAAUUCCUCAAUGUUCAUGGCCACCGCUAUCUACGCCUGGAUGGGUCAACUAAGAUUGAGCAGCGGCAGAUGUUAACGGAGCGAUUCAAUAAUGACCCACGCAUCCUGGUCUUCAUUCUUUCCAGUCGCUCUGGUGGGCUGGGAAUAAAUCUCACGGGAGCAGACACGGUUAUCUUCUACGACUUGGACUGGAAUCCUGCCAUGGAUAAACAGUGUCAGGAUCGGUGCCACCGAAUUGGCCAAACCCGCGACGUCCACAUUUAUCGUCUUGUCUCCGAAUAUACAAUCGAAUCGAACAUCUUGCGCAAGGCCAAUCAAAAGCGAAUGCUUGAUGACGUAGUUAUCCAAGAAGGAGAUUUUACGACGGAUUAUUUCCAGAAAUUCGAUGUUCGUGAUGUGAUUGGCGAUGAUAUACUGGACGGACAAGACGAAGCGAGUGCCGCUAUGGAUAGGGUUCUGGAUACUAAAGUUCGCGAUCGGCCCAAAGUAUUCGACGAAGCCGAAGAUAAAGAAGACAUUGAAGCCGCAAAGACAGCUGAAAAGGAACUUGAACACGUUGAUGAGGGGGAUUUUGCCGAAGGUAGUCUUCCACAAACUCCUGGCCAGACUGGUCAAAGCCAAGUCGGUACCCCUGGAACGGUUGAUUUUGCCGAUGACGAGCCUCCCUCUGUCCCUCAAACCAAAGACGCGUCCGCUCCAGCGACGCCAGCUGCGCCUACUGAGCCAACAUCUACAUCCGUUGCCGUGGCGGAUAGCGCAAUUGACAGAGACAUUGGCCACAUCGAUGACUUCUUUAUCAGACUAAUGGAAUGGAGCCUAAAGGAUGAACCGCUGGUUCUCCCACCAGACAAGAACAAGAAGAAGUCGAAGAGGGGCAAAGAACAUCGUGUCAAACGGCGUCGAUAG